UACAUACAUACAUGUGCACACAAACAAUCUCCCACACAUACUCCCACCACACGCACUCACUCCCUCGCCCUCGCCCUCUUCCUCCUCCUCACAACCCUGCGCCGCCACCAUCCCCCUCGUCCUCGCGACUGGCACCACCCCCACCGCCGACCACGACGCUUAUGCUGCCCUCAUGCAGUCGAGCGCAACGCCCGCCGGCUACCGCAGCAGCGAUGAGUGUGGAUACUGCAAAGACGACGCCAAUUCUCGAGCCAGCUUCUACUUUCUCUCCAAACGCUUGACCGUUGAAGUCUACCAGCUGCUGGUCGACCGCGGUUGGAGGAGAUCCGGCACUCUCUUCUACAAGCCAGACGUCCUGCGCCACUGCUGCCCCCAUUACACAAUUCGCCUGCCCGUUGCCUCGUUCAAGCCCGCCAAAGACCAGCGGAAAGCCGUCAAUCAUUGGAACGACCAUGUGCUAGGCGAGUCGUAUAUCAAAGAGGCUUCUAGGCUCUACCCGCUGUCCAAACAAGAAAAGGCUCGGCUAAAGAACACGUUUGACCUUGUCCGAGAGGUGCACAGAGCAGAGCUGCAAAACAUCAAACAGCCGCCUGAACCCGCCCAUCGCUUCGAGGUGACACUUGAACCCGCAGUCUUCACGGCGGAGAAGUACGACUUGUUCAAGAACUACCAACAAACUGUGCACAAGGAACCCCCCAGCCAGAUAUCACAGUCAGGCUUCAGGAGGUUUCUCUGCGACUCUCCACUGCAGCAAACCUCACGCACUAUCAAUGGCAAAGAACAGCUCCUGGGCUCCUUCCAUCAGUGCUACCGCCUCAAUGGCCGACUGAUUGCAAUGGGCGUGCUGGACCUGCUGCCCCAUUGUGUCAGCGGUGUGUACAUGCUCUAUCAUUCCGACUUUGCAGAAUGGCAGUUUGGCAAACUGAGUGCUCUACGCGAAGCCGCCCUUGCACUCGAGGGCGGCUACGAGUACUACUACAUGGGCUACUACAUUCACACAUGCACCAAGAUGAAGUACAAAGGCGACUACAAGCCGCAGCACGUUCUCGAUCCAGAGUCGUAUGAGUGGCACCCCUUGGACGGUGAACUGCGUAGCCUGCUCGACAAGAAAAAGUACGUGUCCAUGGCCAGGGAGCGCCGGAGACGGGCGGACGGCGUCGACACUGCAGAACAAGACGACUAUUCAGACUAUCCCUUAGUUUCGCCUACCGAGGCCGCAAACGCAUGGAUGAACGGCAUGUCGCUUUUCCAUCUCAAGAUGCCAGGCGUCAUGACGGCCGAAGAGAUUGAAGAGAAGAUUGAUCUGGCUACAAUGCCGUUUCGCGCGGGUAGCCGACUGGUAGAGCUUCAGGAUCUUGUAUCAUGGGACAGUAGCGAUUUGCGGGAUCCUCAUUCGAUUCAAGGCAUGGUGGGUGAGAUGGUGGCUUGCAUGGGCCCCGAAGUUGCAUGGCAGAUUGUAGUCCAGUUGCGGUAGCAGAGAGACAGAGAGAGAGACAGAGCAUCAACUGUGACUGGAUGAAGUGGUGGCAUAACAUCUUCCUGUCAGCGCCUGUGACGUCUCGUUCGCUACUUGUUCCCCAAUUGUCAGCAAGCAAUCACAUGCUCAACGACAACAGCGAGGUGCAAAGACAGUCACACCGUUCGUGAAGAACCUCGGUACUUCACAUUGUCAAUUCAGUAUUCUAUGAUUAGUU